CAUAUCAAUUGCCGGUAAAAAGAGCACAAUUAAGAAGAAGAAAAAACAAAUUUGUUUGCAAAUUUUCAUUUUGUUCACAAAAAUAAAACAAAAUUGUACAACAAAGUGUUUUGUAGUUUCAAAUUGUGAAAAAAUGGAAGAUGAUUACUUCAAUGUGCCUUUAGAGGAUGUGAAACGUGAAUUACGGCGGGGCAUCGUAGAGUGUCAGAAACGCGGCCUGUUGCACAGUGCCAAAUGGUUGGCGGAAAUGAACCAUGGUCUGUGUGAUGUUGACAUCGAUAUGAAUAGUGAGAAAUGCGAUUUCAGUGAAGUGGCUCUGGACGGUAUAACACCGGUGGAAUAUGAUAAUUACUAUUUGGCCAAAUGUUAUUUUGAUGUCAGGGAAUAUGAUCGAGCCGCCUAUUUGGUGCGUAAUGCUGAGUCGGCUGUGCCGAGAUUUUUACAUCUCUAUGCCACCUAUAUGGGCUUGGAGAAGCGAAGAUUGGACUCGACCACAGAUCAGUCGAAUCUCAAUGAUUCGGGACAUGUUAAGGACUUGGCCGAUUUGUUGGCCACAUUGAAAGCUGAAUAUUCCCGUGGUCGUUUAGAUGGUUAUGGCAUGUAUUUGUACGGUGUUGUUUUAAAGGCUGUAGAUCUUAAUCAAGCUGCUCAGGAAGUACUCAUACAAUCAAUACGUGCCGCUCCCAUGCUGUGGGGUUCCUAUGUGGAAUUAGCUCCUUUAAUUAAGGAAAAGGAGAAAUUGCAGACCAUGCAUUUGGGUGGUCAUUGGAUGAGGCAUUUUUUUGUGGCCCACACCUACAUAGAAAUGUAUUUGAAUGAUGAGGGUUUGAAAGCGUAUGAAGAUCUACAGGCAGCUGGCUUUCGUAAAUGUGUGUAUGUUACAUCACAAAUGGCCUUGGCCUAUCACAAUAAGAGGGAUGUUGAUAAAGCUAUAGAAAUCUUCCAAGCUUUACAAGAAGCCGAUCCAUAUCGUCUGGACAAUAUGGAUACUUAUUCUAAUUUACUUUUUGUUAAGGAGUUAAAAACAGAAAUGGCUCAAUUGGCCCAUAAGGUGGAGGGUAUUAAUAAAUAUCGUCCGGAAACCUGUUGUGUUAUAGGCAAUUACUAUAGCAUACGCUGUGAUCAUUUUAUGGCCAUUACUUAUUUCCAAAGAGCUUUGAAAUUGAAUCCCAAAUAUUUGGCAGCUUGGACUUUAAUGGGUCAUGAAUUUAUGGAGGUAAAAAAUACAAAUGCUGCCAUACAAAGUUAUCGCAAAGCGGUGGAGGUCAAUCGCCGUGAUUAUCGUGCCUGGUAUGGUCUUGGUCAAGCUUAUGAAAUUCUAAAAAUGAAUCACUACAGUUUAUACUAUUUCAAAAUAGCCCACAAACUGCGACCCUACGACAGCCGCAUGUUGGUGGCACUAGGUGAAACCUAUGAAAAGCUAGAUAGAUAUGAAAAUGCCAUACAAUGCUAUAGUAAAGCUUGUGACGUGGGUGAUAUAGAAGGUAUAGCCAUGUAUAAAAUGGCCAAUUUACAUGAAAAACUAGGAGCCCUUGAUCUGGCAGUAAAAUGCUACAUAAUGUAUUGUAAUGAUGAGCGGGCAGCAGCGGAUAAACAAAGUUUAUAUCAUGGCUAUAUGACAUUGGCAAAUUACUAUGAGAGUAAAGAGGAAUAUGAUAGAGCGUCACAUUAUGCCUAUAAGUGUUUGGAAUCAGAUGAUCGUAAAUCUGAAGCUAAAUCUUUACUCAAAACCAUAGAAAAUAAACGUAAAAUUUUAAUAUCUCUGGGUGCUGGGGGUACUUCAGGCUCUGGCAAUAAUGUAGCAAAUGCCGAUACCUCUUCUGAUGGUGACAUGGAUAUGGAAUUAAGUGACUUUAAAUUUAAUGAAUAUAUGAUGAGCAAUCGUGCUACCAGUUCGGCUGCUGCAGCAGUCGCUGGUAGUGGUGAUACUUCGGUAAGUUUUAAAACUUCUGCCAAUAUGACCAAUGAAGUUGGCACCAGCACAAGUCAAGGUACACUGGAUGUACAACAGGGUAAAAUAUCUGUGAUUGUGGGCGAUGAUAUGUCUUUAAGUGAAAGCGAUAUGACAGCCAAUACCUCUAUAGCCACAAAUACACCUUCAAAUAUACACUCACGACGCACAUUGGCUUCAGCUUCGAAUGCGGCACAUAAUAUUGUGGAAACAGAAGAAGAUGAUGAUACUCAUUCGAUGGAAAUGUCUUCUAUAUCUAUCGAUUAAGGAAAUUUACAAACUUUAAAAUGAAUUAAGUUAACAACGGACGAAAAAUUAAUCCUGUUUCAGUAUGAUUGGUCUGCUAAUUUAAAGAAAUACAAAAUAAUCCUAAGGUAUGCUUAACAA